GUGCAGGCGUACAGAAUUUUCUAUUUAGUCUGUGGUGUACAUCGUAUACGAGUGCAUGUUUUUCGUAGACCACUUGAUAUUGUUAUUCGCUUUUGUUAUUUCUAUUGUAUAUAAACGUGUCUUUCGUGCAAAGAUUCUUGAAUUCUGAAAAUAUUUAUUUUAAACAAUGAAACCGUUCUUCUGUUGUUAAUUUAAACUCUUGUUUUCGCGCGUUAGUGUAGUGAAGUACAUACAAAAUGAGUGCCAAGAAAGGAAACGAAACCAAACUCCAUGAGGAUGAAAACACAGACUCUGGCUUUUUAUCUGGAGAACAGCUGUUCUCUAGCGAAUUAGAAAGUGGAGCAAAUUUAGAUAGUGAUAGUAAAAAUUUGCAUAGCGCAAGUGUAGAUCCUGCUGAUGUGAAUCCUGAUAGUGGUGUUGUGUGUUUAUCAGAAAAUUUGUCUUUAUUGGACUUGGAUACGCCUACUGAACCGCCACGGGUGGUGGAACCCAGAAAUGCAGAUAUUGCGAUCUUAAAUGUUCUGUUUCAACAAGAUGAGGAUGGGGAUUCACAAUUACACAUAGCCGCAGUCCAUGGUUGCCAGAAAUCAGUCAGCACGCUCAUCAACUUGUGCCCCGACAAAUCAUGGCUCGAUAUGCCCAACGAAUACGGCCAUACACCUCUUCAUCUGGCCGCUAUGAGUGGCCACGAAGUCAUAACGAGGAUGCUAGUUGUCGCCGGAGCUUCAAUAGCAGCCAGGGACCGAAGAGGUCAAACUCCGAUACACAUUGCUGCAGAAAUGAGCCAUGUGGAAUGUCUGAAGGCGCUUCUGGCACCGGUCAAAGAACACCCUAUGAGAAAAAUGGCUGCGAUAUUAAACCAGAAGAAUUAUAAUGGUCAAACGUGCGUUCACACAGCCGCCAACACAGGUCACAUCAAGACUUUACAGACGCUAGUAUACUACGGUGCCGAUAUAAACAUGAGGGAGGGCCUCGCCGGUUCAACGGCGUUGCACAUCGCGGCGCGUCGGGGCGACGUCCCGCUAGUGCAGUACCUCCUGGGACAGUGUCCCGGCGUCGAGAGGAGUCCCAGGGACUGGGCCGGGCGGACCCCGCGCCGGAUCGCGAGGAGGAACAGCGCCGCGCGCGCAUUCGCUGCAUUCAAAGAUGACAGCGACUCGGAAUCUGAUGAGGACGAUGAUUCAUACGACAGCGACAACGACAGCCUAUUCGAAAAACUCCGUGACACUCUGAACCCGAUCAAUGUGGCCUGAGAACGCGCCAAAACAGAACAUCUAGAAGAAUCCACCAUAUAGAAACUGAUUGAAAUAUUAGGGUAUCUUUUGUUGUCGUUCCUACUGCCAUAACAUUAUAGCGCGAUAAUAUUUAGAAAGUUACAGUUUGGCAAAAAUUAUUUAUUAUGGCAACAUCUUAAGUGUGAGUGUUGCUAUGUUAAUGUCAAACCAUUUUGAAGUUGCAAUUGUUUUGUUUUUGGAAAAAAUAAUUUAAAAAAAAAUUUUUAUUUACAAUUUUUGCUGAAAUGUGAAUAUCAGCAAUUUUUUGUACGUUAAUCGUAGCAUAUGUGCCUAAUAUCAUUGUAAAUUUUAAAUGAUUUCACCCCCAAAUUGUAAAAAAUAUUUCAGAUUUGUUGUUUUUCAUAUAAGACGGGUUUUCAAUAAUUUAUAAUGUUUCCUUAAUUUUAUUCUAUGUAUUAGAGAAACAUACUCAUUAUUUUUUUCUUGUAAAAUAAAUUAAUUUAAAGGUGUGAUUGAACAUUAACCGUAUUUGUAUAUGUAGUUAUAUUUAUGGAACUGGUAAUUUUUGUUCUGCAAUAAAAUAUUCAUUGUGGUGCGUUGUUAAGGUAUUUAAGAUUCAUGUUAAUAAACGCGAUUAUAGUAUGUUCUAUUAUGAGGCCAAAUUAUGAUGUUUUACUAUUCCGUAUUUAAACCAGGGGCCCGAUUCUCACGCAAACGAAAGUUGAAAUAUCUUUAUUUGCGCGGAUUUGGCGCGGUUGAUACAUGAGAAAAAAAAUAUCAAUGUUCCUAAUUUUUUUUGUGAUUUUCGAACAUGAUAUUUUUUCGACGGAUUAAAAAUAGCAGCCGAAACCUUUUUUUUUUCAUAAUACAGCCAGUACUUAAAUCGAUUGGAACUUCAUGACGUCUUUACUAAAAAGUCCAAUAAAGAUUAAUCAUGUUAUUAUUUUGAAUCAUUUAAAAGUUGUUGUGAGAGAUAACCUAUUGGUCAACAGAAAUUAUUAUUACUCAAAAUUAUUAUUACUCUUUGUAUUAAUAUUAUAUAAUAUAUUUUAAGGUUUGAUAAAAAACUAUCUUCCACUUUCUUGUUCUAUUUUUUUUUUAAAUUUGGUAUUUUCUCUUGCUACAACCAUUUUUUGUAUAUAUAUUUUAUUAUAAUUAUUAAUAUUUUAUUUUAUAAUGAAAGCUAUGUUAAAAUAGACAUAUUUUAUAAGUAUAUAUAUAUGAGAGCGAAGCUCUUUGGAAUUAAAGGCGCAAUGAUUUGUUUCUUUCAAAUGUUAGUUUUUGUCUUCAUAAAAAUGUGAAUAAUAUAUUAAGUUGAUAUAUUAUUUUAUAUUUAAUCCAGAAAUAUUUGUGUGAAGAUUUUUUGUUUUCAAAUAUGAAGCAAAAGCUACCAACUAACUUUUCUGGUCUUGUUCUGACUUUCUCUGGAAAGUAGUAAUCAAGACUAGAGCAGAAAUUAAGCCACUUAUUUUAAAUGCAAUUAAAAUUCAGAGAUGUGAGGAAAGUUUUAGGAAAAAAUUUCAACAUUCGCUCAUUUGACCCGAUGCGAUACUUGCCGUUCGUUAUAAAAACCUCUUUACUUUAUUAUAAUGAAAGAAAUGAAAUACUUAUGUAGUUAUUAUAUUUGUCGAUGAAUGCAUAACUGCUUGAGCAUCAAAAACAUUACAGCUAAUUUACGUUGUGGCCAAAAAUAUAUGUAUUUUUAACCUAACCUUCAUUGGUUGACAAAUUUUACUGAUAAUCUUAUUUUUAGUAUUUUUUAUUUAUUUAUCUACAUCAUGGAAAAAAUACAACUGUUGUAGAAAGUAUAGUGGAAAGAUCGGGAAUAAACACUCCAGAAGACAGGAGAACAGAGAAGAGAAAUAAUCAAAUGAAAAGGACUAUAUUUUUGAAAAGAAAUAAAAAUCUGAUAUUUUUCGCUCACCAAACAAGUCAUGGCAACCGUUGCUAUGGCAUACAUGUGCAUAUGUAUGCCAGCUGGCUUUGCCUGUUAAUAUUUAUAUAACUACAAAGAAUACCAUUUCUACAACUAUUAACUAUGUACUUUUUCUUCUUUUCCCUUGCUUACUCUAUAGUUGCAUAUGAUACUUUAUACAAAAUAUCUAAACAUUUUUGCCGAAGUGUCAUUAAAUAUUUCGGGUCUCGUUCCAAAAUAAAUACAAUGCCAUUUUCGACUUUUGAAACUGAAUAUGUUUAUUAUGUAUAAAUAAUUAU